UUCAAGCGGCGCCGAACUAAUCAUAGGCCGGCUCCGCCCCCGGUCACGUAGAGCGGCUAACUCAGUGCGCAUUGCUGAUACUUGUUCCUAACUGACGGGAGGUUCGGCCAACCAGAGCAUAUUUUCAAGACGGCCAGAUACACCCCAUAGCCAAUAGAAGUCGCCCUCGGAGCCGCCCCGAGGCUGUUGUACUAGCAGUAGGGCAGGCGCUCGCGCCUCUUCUCUGUCGUCGCUACCCUCUUCAAAGCGGCAGGUUGGGACACCAAUAGGAAGCCGCCUCUGUGGCCAGAGCUAGGGGCGGGCCAACUGUAGCCAAUGCGAUGUGGGCAUGGGCGGGGCUUGCUCAAGUGGGGCCCAAUCGAAAGUGUGAAUAGGUGAGGCUCUCAGGGGUGCUGCUGCCAGUAUAUCGUUGAAAUGGGUGGAGCUAGGCGACGUUGCAGCCAAUGGGGAGUGGCAGUGGGCGUGUCCGGAUAGCCCCUGGCGCCAGCGCUGGGGCGCCCCGUGCUUUCAGUGCUGUUUCCGCCAGGCCCGUGGAAGAGGCGCAGCCAGUGGUGCUGAGGGGGAGGGGCCGAGGCUGCCGCUGCCGCAGAGGGUCUCGGUCCCGUCUGCUGCCCAGGAAACGCCGUGGCGCCGAGCCGGGCCUAGUGGCGCGCGGGGGCCCGGGCAACGGGCCGGCCAGGUUUCCCCAUGUCCGUGACGUGUUGGCCGAGGCUUUGCGGCUCCUCCCCACCCUUGGAGCAGCCAGUCGCUACCUUUUGGACUCCGUGAUCCCUGACGGACGUCAUGAGCAUUGCAAUCCCUCUGGGAGUCACCACACCAGAUACAUCCUACUCAGAUAUGGCUGCAGGAUCCGACCCAGAGUCCGUGGAAGCUAGUCCAGCUGUCGAUGAGAAGAAUGUGUACUCCAGUCAUGGCUAUGAGGCCACCCAGAGGCACAGCUAUCGAGGGCUGCCUUAUGCAGAUCAUAAUUAUGGUGCUCCUCCUCCUCCAACCCCUCCAGCAUCUCCCCCAGUUCAGACUAUCAUCCCUCGUGCUGAGCUGAAUGGCUUACACUCACCUGACGAGGAGAACUCUGGGGACAGUGAGAGCUCCUCAGAGGGAGAGUCCAUUCCCAGCUGGUGUCACUGCACUCUCUCCCAAGAUGGCUUCCUCAUCAAGUGUGACAAAUGCAGGGGAAUGAGCAGAGGGAAAGUGAUUAGACUCCGCCACCGGAAGCAGGACAAUGUGUCAGGUGGAGACAGUAGUGCAACCGAGAGUUGGGAUGAGGAGCUCUCCCCUUCCACAGUGUUGUACACAGCUACGCAGCACACCCCCACAAGUAUCACUCUCACUGUUAAUCGGGUCCGCAGAAACAAACCUAAGAAGAGGAAGAGGAGUAUGGAGAAAGCUCGCACUGCUCCAAAGGCCAAGAAAAUCAAGGCCUUUCGAGAAGGUUCACGGAAAUCUCUGCGGAUGAAGAAUUCGCCUUCUGAAGCACAUGCCCUGGAUGAGAACACAGCUGAGGGGUGGGAGAACCGGAUACGGCUCUGGACAGAUCAGUAUGAAGAAGCCUUUACUAACCAGUACAGUGCUGAUGUACAGAACCUCCUGGAACGGCAUCUAAGCACCAAUAAAGAAUUUGUGGGCAAAACUGCUGUGCUGGACACAAUCAACAAGACAGAGUUGGCCUGCAAUAAUACAGUUAUUGGGUCCCAGAUGCAGUUGCAGCUGGGAAGAGUGACUCGGGUUCAGAAGCACCGGAAGAUCUUGAGGGCAGCAAGAGACUUGGCAUUAGAUACCCUUAUAAUUGAAUAUCGAGGAAAGGUUAUGUUAAGGCAGCAAUUUGAGGUCAAUGGGCAUUUCUUCAAAAAGCCAUACCCCUUUGUGCUGUUCUACUCUAAGUUCAAUGGUGUUGAGAUGUGUGUGGAUGCCCGCACCUUUGGCAACGACGCCAGGUUCAUCAGGCGUUCCUGUACACCAAAUGCAGAGGUCCGUCAUGUGAUUGCUGAUGGAAUGAUCCACUUGUGUAUCUAUGCGCUUGCCACCAUUGCGAAGGAUACAGAGGUCACCAUCGCCUUUGACUAUGAGUACAGCAUCUGCAACUAUAAAGUGGACUGUGCAUGUCACAAGGGGAACAGGAAUUGCCCUGUACAAAAACGGAACCCAAAUGCUGCAGAACACCUCCCUCCACCUGUUCUAGGCACAUUGAUGAUGGGAGCAGAAACAAGGCGUCGGAAAGCCCGUAGGAAGGAACUAGAACUGGAACAGCAGGGCAUUGCAUCAGAUGAGAACAGCAACCAGCAGGUGGAGGGUGUUCCAGAGGGACCUGCUGCAGCCAGUGACAAUGAGUCUGCAGAUAAAGAAGAGAAGCAAGAGGAGGGGGAGAGAGAGGAGGCUGUGGAUGAGCAGGGAGCCCUGGUUCACAGCAGACGAUCCCGGGAGGAGAGGAAGGUAGAAGCCAUCAUGCACAUGUUUGAAAACUUGGAGAAGAGAAAGAGAAGACGAGAGCAGCCAUCAGAUCGGAGCAGCACAGAUGCUGAAUUCAUCGUUAACCCUGAGACUUCUGAGUUGGAGGAGGUGAAAAUGGAGACUCCUGAAACUGAAGACAGCAGUUCAGCUUUAAGUGGGGCUGCUCCAAGCACUCCUAACAGCAGCAGCAAUGUUGGGGUGAACACACGGCGGUCCACACAGACAGUAGAUGUAAUUCCAGAAAAGACCAUCACUAAGCCAGCUCCAGCCAAAUCCUCCAGGCCCCGACCCAAAAGCCGUUUUUCUCGAUAUCGGACCAGUUCAGCGCAGAGAUUGAGACGGCAGAAGCAGGCCAUUUCCCAGCAGACCGAGUUCUCCCAGGCUGUCCCAGAGGAGGGAAGCAGCAUCAGCACAGUAACUGCCGCAGAUGUCAGCAGCAUAGAGGGUCCAGGAGAAAGUAGGCAGUUGAUGGGGUCUGACCCAAUUGUGAUGCUGGCUGCAGGAUCCCAGUCUUACCGAGCCACAGUAAAGUACCCCAAAACUAAAAAGUAUCUAGUUACAGAAUGGCUGAAUGACAAGGCAGAAAAGCAGGAAUGCCCCAUCGAGCGUCCUUUACGUAUUACCACAGACCCCACUGUUUUGGCAACAACCCUCAACAUGUUGCCAGGUCUUAUCCACUCCCCACUGAUUUGUACCACACCCAAACACUACAUCCGCUUUGGCUCACCUUUCAUCCCUGAGAGACGUCGAAGGCCUCUUCAGUUGGAUGGGAUAUACAGCUCCUGUAAAAAGCGCUGGAUGAAACAAGCCCUGGAAGAAGGGAUGACUCAGACCUCAUCUACUCCACAAGAGAACAGAACCCAAUGUCUAUACCAAAGUAAGGAGAGCAGCAGCUCUUCUAGCAUCUGCAAGGACAAUGCAGACUUGUUGAGCCCCCUGAAGAAGUGGAAAUCUCGCUACCUGAUGGAGCAGAAUGUUACCAAGUUACUGAGGCCACUAUCUCCAGUCACGCCUCCACCUCCUGGCUCAAUGAGCCCACAACUCACCACGCCCUGCUCAUCUCUGCCAGGAGAGGAGGAAAGUCGCAAUGGUUAUGGCAUGAUGUUCUCACCAAUUCCCUCUCUGGCUGCUAGUCGCUGCAAUACUCCACUACAGUUUGAGAACGUAUCCUCCCCUGAGAGUUCCCCUGCGCAUAGGCCCGAGUCACUGUCACCCGAGCUCUGCCUUCGAACGGAUCUGGAUUUGGCAAAAGUGGGCUACCUGGAUUCCAGUGCUAACACCUGUCCAGAGAGGCCAUCGCUGCUGAGCUCGGGCCACUGUGAUCUGGCUCCGCAGUCCUCCAUUCACUUCACUUCUGAGACCAACUUCCCAGGAAAGAGUGGGGAGGCACAGCUGCUGCUAAGAAGCUCCGAUCAGGCUUUUCGGACAGAGUUUAAUUUAAUGUAUGCCUUCUCCCCUUUGAACGCUAUGCCCCGUGUAGAUGGAUUGUUGCGGGCUUCCUCUCAGGUGGGAGACAGGAAGCCCCUGAGUUCAGAAGGGGGAUGUUGCAGUUCUCCUGCAGAUGGAUACUUCAGCAGACAUGAGCCGGGGCUUCUUAAAGAGACAUUGCAUGGAUCCAUGUCUCCUGGUGGUGACAGAGUUUGUGAAGGAGUAAAAUCUGCUCCCCAAAACCCACCACAGAGGAAAAAGGUUUCUCUGCUGGAGUACCGCAAGCGAAAACAGGAAGCCAAGGAGGGAAGUGAUUCAGUGCGAUGCACAGUGACUCCUACCCGACAAGGCAGCAACAGCUUUGUGACUGACACAGAUGCCAGCAGUGUGCAGGGCUCAGUAGUCCAAGCCCCAUCCUCCCCACAAAGUGGCUGUUCUCCCUCACAUCCCCACCUGCCUCACAUAGAGGAGAUCAGCCCACCGGACCUGAGGGUGGCUAGUUCCUCAACCUCACACUGCAAAUCCCAGGAGAACAUCAGCAGUAGGUGGAUGGUCCCCACAUCUGUGGAGCGGCUUCGAGAGGGCCGUGGUAUUCUUGAGAAGGUUCUGCGCAGUGGUGCAAAGAUAUCUCAGAGAGGAGAGCCCUCGCCCACGGGUGACAGUGCUGCUGAGAGAGAUCCAGCACUGAGACAGAACCUGGCACAUGUCCAACCUGCUAGUUCUUAGCUUUGGCUAAAUUUCUUCAAACUCUUCCCAAAAAAACUCUUCAUAAUGCUUCUGAUUCUCUUAUGUACAACCUCCUUGAAUUAAAUCAACCCACCUGUACUGAAUAUUUUAAAGUCAGCAUCUCUGUACGGGGAUUCUCAACAAGAUGGGCUAAAACCUUCAGGCUUCAAACUGCGCCCAUCCUUCAGUGGACUGAUUCCUCAGAAAUAUGGAUACAACAGGUGUCUUGUCUACUUAGGAGAGUCCCAGAAAGCAAGCAGAUGCUCAGUAUGACAUUCUUUCUCUGUAAGAACACACCAGCUUAAGGAAGCAUGGUUGAAGCUUCAUUUCUUGGAACAGUCUAUGAAGGUCUCUUCUGAUCCUGAGAAGAUGAGAUUCAGAGUUCAAGUAGUGGACAAGGCAGCUUCACCAGCAUCCAGUCUAGCAAAGCAGCAACUCCAAAGACCAGCAUGGAGAGGAGACCACUGAGGAAAGAUCCGGCACCAAAGCAGGAGCACACAAGCGCAGCAGGUGCUAUCAGCACCAAAGCAGAUGAUGACAGUGUCAGGAUCAGUCUGGCACUGAGCAGGGCUGCCUCAAACACAGAGGAAGAGCUCAGUAUCAUUCCAUGAGGACAGACCACCUGAUGCCUCAGAAGAUAAAGCCACCAAACCCCACACAGCAUUUAGGACUAAUAAGGAAUACCCUGCAGCACAAAAUAAGCCUUCUGUGACACUGAUCCCAGCUCUAGUAACUCACCUCGAGCAUCAGCACCACAGCUGAAGAUGAGCUACUAGGAAAACCAGGGCCAUCAGUACUGAGGCAUCUACUGGUACCAGUGCAAAGCCUUGAGUGCACUGUAUACGUUGGCAGCAGGGCAGAGCAGCAGCAUCCUGUUUCACUCCCAAAGGUCCUGUCUUCAUCAUCACCCAACAAGACAGUGAUCUCAGCAUGAGGUGACUUCAUAGAUUCCAAGGCCAGAAGAGCCUAUUGUGAUCAUCUAGUUUGACCUCCAGUAGAACACAGGCCAGAGAACUUUGCCAAUGUAUUUCCUAGAGCUCCUAAUAAGAGUUGCUGAGACUCUGGAGAGAGAGAGAGAGAGACUUAAGUCACAUCAGAGAAAUCUCAUAAGUUGUUUGUUCUGACAGCUCCCAGUCCACCCAGAACCAUCCUCUACAUAAAUGAAGAAUUGCUCGACCUGGCAAAGACCCUGUAAUGGUCGCUGGCCAAAGUAACAAUGACUGCAAAACGGCUGGAGAAACAAUGCCAGGUCCCUCAGCCUGGGUUUGAGUACUUGGCUCCUUAGUCAUUACAGUGCUCCAGGAAAAAUCUAAAUCAAACAAGAGAACCCCUAAGGACAAAGAUCCAAAACAGCUUAAUCUGCUCUGGAGAAAAUCUUACUCCUCUGCCUCUUUAUAACUUCAAGUGGCAAACUGCCCAGCAUUCCUGGCCAAAAAUGACUUUGAGCUGGGGUAAAGUUGAUGUCUUCUCUCUCAAAAUAUGGGCAGUAAUCAAGAAAGGCCAGUUGGUGGCAGACAACUUUACAGGCAGGAUUGGACGUCUCCAAUGCUGCAGCCAGAUCUAUGGACAUGGCAGUGACUGUGCAUACAGCAUUCUGGCUCCAAGCAUCAGGCAUCGCUAGGGAGGUAAUGGCCACGAUCAAGGAUGCCCUUUGACGGCACAGACUCAAAGCCCACCUGAGGAUUAGCACACCAGCCCCAUAUCACAAGCCUUACCACCCUUAACCCAAUAGGCACCAUCUUGUCACUCCAAGCAACCCAAGUACCGUUCCAUGAAGAAUCCAAGAUACAAUAGAAGUUGUCAGCCUUCUGCCUCAAUGUCAUGCCCUGACCACACAGCACUUCAACAGAAGUGACAGGACUCGAGCCACGCUAGUUCCAGUCCAGAGAGCACCCCUUUAGGAGCUAGCUUGCCCCAUGCCACCGAGCAUGGUCAGCAAUGACAUCAGACAGAUGGGUGCUAGAGAUCAUCUCCUCCUCCAAUUGCACUGCCUAAUUCAGAGGAACAGGCUUCUGCUCUGAGUAUUUCCUUAUUCAGAAGAGGGCCUCCAUCUUAUCCUAGAGCAGAGGAGACUCAACUAAUGCACAUGCCAUCUCGGGUUUAGGAUGGUAAUGCUCAUAUCCACCAUUCCAUCUCUCUAGGAUCUAGGCUAGUUCUUGGCUCUUGACUUGCAGGAUGCAUACAUCCACCUUGCCAUCCACCUCACACACAGGAAGUAUCUGAGAUUCAUACUGGGAGCCAGUCAUUGCCUAUGCAGGUGUCACAUUCUGGGGUGUAAUCCAGACCAGUGAGAAGUUGUCACUGCCUGUCCCUUAGCCCUGAGUGCCUCACAGUGCUUUGCUGUUGUGGCUUCCAGCCAGGGGUACUCACAACUAACCUACCAGCAUGCAGGUCACACCCUGAGUAUCUGUGUGCUAGACAGUCCUGGUUCAGCAGGCCUGACCCCAGCAGCCUGUCAGCAGACACACUUUGGCUUCCACCAGCUUUGGUAACCACUAGCAGGGUGACCCCAACACAUUCCCAGCCCUGAAUUUUCCUAGAAAAUCUGUGGUGUACACUGUCCAUCUCUCUCCUUAAAGUGUAAACCUCAGUUAAACUAGCAAGUUGUAUAUAAAUCCUAUUCCAGCUACACCACUGUCACAUUCUGGAGUGCAAUCCAGACCAGGGAGGGUCUGUCACCACCUGCCACAUAACACUGGGACCUGGGAAUGCAAAGCAUUGUGAGGCACUCAAGGCUACGGGACAGGUGGUGACCCAACCUCUCCCUGGUCUAGAUUGCACCCCAGAAUGUGACAACAGAGGACUGCCCCUUGGCCUCUCCCCGGCACAGGUUGUAGUCACAAAAAGCCUGGCAACGGUGGCAGCAGCUUAGAGAAUUGAUGUGCACUUGUGUAUGAACUAUUGGCUGAUAAUGGGCAAGUCCCAGUAGGAGACAGCAGCACCCCUGGAGUAAAUUCUCAUGAAAGCUCCUUCACUGGAGGU